UCCGUCUGCAAGCCUACUGUCGACGACGACGGCCAGUGUGUAGCGGGUUUUUUUUUAAUUUUAAUUUUUUUUUUUACCAUCGUUAUUACCGUCGUUGUUGUUUUUAGUCGUUGUUGUAGUUAUUGUUGUUGUUGUUGUCGUUUUUAUAUUAUUAUUAUUAUUAUUUAUUUUACUACUAUUAUUAUUAUUAUUAUUAUUAUUAUUAAUAUUAUUAUCAUUAUCAUCAUCGACAUCGCUACACUGUUAUUCAAUCAUUCGGUCGGCCGACGACAGACACCCGACCGCUGUGAGUUGUCACAUCGUUAUCGUCACCGUCAUUAUUUCGUAUUCGUUUUUAAUUUUUUUUUAAAUAAGUCCGUUCUGUUUGUUCGCGUUUGCCUGAAUCGCAUACACUUAUCAUCGGAUAAUAUUUAAUAUACUAUUAUUAUAUCGUCACCGUCUUCCGCGACCGUCAACCGUCGGACACGAGUGAUCGGCAAUACCAUCGACAAGACGGACAGCAGACCGGAAUGGUGGUGCGGCCGCGGCCCGCGAUGGAUUGCGACGAAUUGCGUGUCGUGCGGGCGCACCGUGCACCGUCGUCGGCGCGGCACUGAGACAAAAGGUCCAACGACGAUUGCCAGACGAAUGGGCGGAAAAAGAUUGACGGUUGACGGUCCGGUGUCCGGUUGAUGGCCGCGGAACGCGAUGCGGGCACCGGAUUCGAAAACAACGGCUGCGGCGGCCCGCGGCUGCCACCAAUCGGCGCGGCGGUGCGGUGGACGGCCGCGGCCGCCGCGGCCGCCGCACAGCCGGACAGUCAGAAGGAGAUCAGGUUCCCGGUCACAAAGCAGCCACCACCGUCCGCGCCGGCGCAGGCGCAGGAGCUGUACCGGCGGUUGCACAGCCGGUCGCUGUCGUCGCUGCCGCCCGAGCCGUUCAUGAUAAUGCGGUCGAAGGCCCUCAACCGGAGAGUGUGCAUAAACGUGGGCGGCGUCAAGCACGAGAUACUGUGGCGGACCCUGGAGCGGCUGCCGCACACCAGGUUGGGCCGGUUGAGGGACUGCAACACGCACGAGGCCAUUGCCGAGCUUUGCGACGACUACUCGUUGGCCGACAACGAGUACUUCUUCGACAGGCACCCGAAAUCGUUCAGCUCGGUGUUGAACUUCUACAGGACGGGCAAGCUGCACCUGGUGGACGAGAUGUGCGUGCUGGCGUUCAGCGACGAUCUGGAGUACUGGGGCGUCGACGAGCUGUACUUGGAGUCGUGUUGCCAGCACAAGUAUCACCAGCGCAAGGAGCACGUGCACGAGGAGAUGCGGAAGGAGGCCGAGUCGCUGAGGCAGCGCGACGAGGAGGAGUUCGGCGAGGGCAAGUGCGCGCACUACCAGAAGAUGCUGUGGGACCUGCUCGAGAAGCCCACCACCAGCAUCGCGGCAAGGGUGAUAGCUGUGAUAUCGAUACUGUUCAUCAUUAUGUCGACGGUGGCGCUGACGCUCAACACGAUACCGUCGCUGCAAGUGGAGACGAAGGGGGUGAUCCAGGACAACCCGGUGUUCGCCAUGGUGGAGCUGGUGUGCAUCACGUGGUUCACCCUCGAGUAUCUGCUCCGGUUCAGCGCGUCGCCCAACAAGUGGAAGUUCUUCAAGGGCGGCCUGAAUGUGAUCGACCUGCUGGCCAUACUACCGUACUUCGUGUCGCUGAUACUGGUGGCAGAAACGGACAAGACGGACACGCACCAGUUCGACGACGUGCGCCGCGUCAUACAGAUAUUCCGAAUCAUGCGCAUACUCCGCAUACUCAAACUGGCCCGGCACUCCACCGGCCUGCAGAGCCUCGGGUUCACGUUGCGCAACUCGUACAAAGAGCUGGGUCUGCUCAUGCUGUUUCUGGCCAUGGGCGUGCUGAUAUUCUCCAGUCUGGCGUACUUCGCCGAGAAGGAGGAGCCGGGCACCAAGUUCCUGUCCAUACCCGAGACGUUCUGGUGGGCCGGCAUCACCAUGACCACCGUUGGCUACGGCGACAUAUACCCGACCACGGCCCUGGGAAAGGUCAUCGGCGGCGUCUGUUGUAUCUGCGGCGUGCUGGUCAUUGCGCUGCCCAUUCCAAUUAUCGUCAACAAUUUUGCCGAGUUCUAUAAAAACCAGAUGCGACGAGAGAAGGCGCUCAAGCGGCGCGAGGCGUUGGAGCGUGCCAAGCGCGAGGGAAGCAUCGUGUCCUUCCAUCACGUCAACCUCCGGGACGCGUUCGCCAAGAGCAUGGACCUGAUUGACGUGAUCGUCGACAACGAGAGCGACAUUCCGAAGCUGUCCAAGCAGAAUUCGCUAAGAUCACACGUUGGCAGCAAUUAUUCGCAGUACGACGGGACAAGCAGCGGCAGCGAGACGGUCCCGUUGAAGCCGGCACCGGCGCGGGGUGCCGCGACCGCCAAACCGGAACAUCAGACGCUGUUGGACAUCGACAAUCCGGAACAAAACGCCAAUUCGUUUGGAAAACCGUUCGAGAGCUCGGAGAAUAUGACCGUGAGUUGUUUUAUCGAAAAAUUAGACGAAAAUUUCAAUGAGUUCGAAUGUUGCUCUUGUAGACAAAAGGAGGUCAAGGAGUACUUGGACGCGGAACACCUGACACCGUACCCGACCAGCGAUCUGCGAACGCCACUCAGCGUGGAGAUGAGAACGCUCAAGGAGGCCGACGGAUCGUCGUCUGGCGGCGGUCAGUGGCGUUCGCGCAACGAGGUGGGCAGCGUUGACAGUUCGGACACGUACAUCAGCUGCAAGUCGCAACCGUUCCAUUCACAGGGUGACCUGACUGCAGCCGACGACCUUCACGACACCGUUUUCGAGCCAGCCGCUCACGUCCCGGCCAGUGGCCCAAUCACCGCCGGUAAGGGCAGUGGCGUCAACGACUCCAACCUGUAUGUCAACCCCCUGGAGAGCGCCGGUGGCAAAGGUGGCAAAGGAGGCCCACCCCGGAGCUUGGGCACGUCGCCGAUGGACGAGUGCAAGGAGUUCUCGGGCCGGACUGCGGCAGUCGGUAGUCGCGGAAGCCUCAACGAAACGGCCAAACAGCGGAAGACGAGAUUUUCGCAACAAUCAAACAUAGGAGAAAGUUUUUUUGGCCGAUCGUCUCAGGAAAGUUUGGAUGGCGGCGCACGAAAACGACGACCUUCGUUCGGGUUGUCGUCAAAAACAUUGACUAAUGCUACGAGAAUAAUCAAUCAACAUUUGUUCGGUUUACCGCUAAUAUCUAAUAAAACAGGGAAAAGCGGCAAGUCCUCGCCGUCGGUGUCGGCUGAAUCGAUAAACCGUUCGCCGGAACCGCAUCGGAGGUCCAAGUCGAUACUGAAACGGCACCAGAACCAAGGGUCGUCGCAGACAUCGCAAGACUCGCCGUCCGGAAACCACGCUAGGAUAGGCAUCCGGAGGACGGCACACGUGGACCCGGAAACGGAAAAGCUCAUACCCGACAAUCUGUCCGACUGUUCGCCGGGCAAGAGUCCGAUGUCCCCGCAGCAGCAGCAGCAGCAGCAGCAGCUCCAACCGCCACUGCAGGAGCAGCAGCAGCAGCAACCCCAGUCGCCACUGCCGCUGCCACUGCCGCUGCCACUGCAGCAGCAACAUCCGCAACAGCCGCGACACAACAACAACCACCACCACCAGCAGCAAAACCACCACCGCCGGAACAACAACCACCACCACAACAACAACAACAACGGCCGGACCACCGGUGGCGGCAGUGGCGUCGGAGGCGGCGGCAGAGCGCCCGUCGAAGUGGCGCUGCUGCAGGACCUGCUCGAAGACUCGGGCGGACCGAUAUUCAUAUGUCCGCCACCGCCGCCCAUGAACGACAACACCGACAAGAGGUACUCGUAGCCGCCGCAUUACGGGCCUACUAUAUAUUAUAUACGUAUAUUAUGAUAUUAUGUGUGAAAUCGUAUUUUUGCCACUCUCGCAGCAAGCAAAAUUCGCAGACGCACGCGUAGAAUUUAUAAUACGAAGACAAUAAUAUAAUAUAAUUAUAAUAUAAUAAAUAUAUAUAUAUAUAUAUAUACACAACUCGCUCGCCAUUAGCUAUAUACAUGUAGUAUAUUAUUAUAUAUAUGUUUUAUUAUAUUGUACGAUAUAUAAUAUAUUAAAUGUACCACAACAGCAGCACGGUCGUCGGGAAUCAAGUGUGCCGCCACUGAAGCAGUGAAACCGCGAGCGUAUAUUACGAGCGCAUCCUAACUAUUAGUCGCUAUACGUACCUAUAUGUGUAAAUUUUUUAUAAAUUUGUCGACGCGCAGUCGACGUUUGCAAGAACACCGCCCGGCUGGGGUACCUAUAUAUAGUGGUCGCGCCUUCGUAUUAUUUUAACAAUACAUUUUACGUACCAUAUAAUAAUAAUAAUAUGUAUCAUGUAUGUAUACGACCGCGAGAACAACGUAUAUAUUAUAAUAAUAUUAUGUAUUUAUAUGAUAUAUUAUAUUAUAUGUAGAUUUUUAACUAUAACGCAACUCUCGUUUUUUCUAAGAGAUAUUUUCAAAUUUAAAUCAUAAUAUAUAUGAGAAAUGCUCAUUUUAUCAUCAUCAUUAGAUUGUAAUAAUUAUAUUUAGUCUCGGAGUAAGUGAAGAAAACGAAAUAUAAUCAUUUACCGUAGUACGUAGAUAAUUGUAAAGGACGCUUCUUUUUAGGCUUCCUAUCAGUCAACUGUUAUUUUAAUCAUCGCCAUCAUCACCAACGUAAUCAUUACCGCAUCAUCAUCGUCAUCAAAAUCAUCAUCGUCGUCGUCGUCGUCGUCAUUGUAAUAUGUUAUGUACGUGGUGUACAAUAUUUUCGUGUCGCAACGAUUUUGUUCCAUACAUCGGCAUACGCAUCGUCGUGUUAACCCGAGUUCAACCCGUUUGACGUUCAAAAUACACGUUGCCAAACUAUAACAAUCUAUCAAAAAAUUACAACUAUAUACAAUGUUACUGUUUUUGUUAAGGAAAAAAAUCAAAAAAAAAAAAAACAAAAAAAAACAAUUUCUUCGGGUCAAUUUUCUUUCCUAAAUUUCUUUAUAUAAUAAUCAAACGUUACCUACCUGUAAUUUGAUUUUUUUUUUUUUUAAUAAUAAAAAUUAAAGACUGGGAAGCAAAUGAUGAAUUCAUUAUAACAUUAACAGGAAAUUAAGCAUGCAUUUUGCACUGGCCUUUUAUAAUUAUAUUUUAAUUUAAUUAUAUAUAUAUUAUUAAUAAUUAUACUUUAUACCCACUUGGCACAAAAAUAAAUUUUAUCGCUACGCAAAAUUAAUUUUUAACGCGAUCUCAAUUUGAUAUAUACCGACGGUAGUAAAUUUAAAAUGUAUAAUGAUAUUUUGUGAAAGUAUUUUAGGAAGAAAGCAAUAUUGUAGUUAAAUAUAAUUGCGUAGUUGACCUAAUCAUGUAAUUUUAAUUGGAUUUAAAAACGAAAACAUUGUAUACGUACCAACCGAUAUAGGUACGCAAAAAUUGUAAUGUGCAUUGAGCACAAUUUUUUUUAUAGUUCGGUCGAAACGAGUAAAUUAUUAGUAUAGAAGUACAUAAUAUUAAUAUACGAACAAAAUUAUAGUUUCCGUUUUUUAAUUCGCCUGUGAUUUAUCUUUUGUUAAGUUUAUAAAAUAUGUGUAUGUAUAUGUGCAACAAUAUACAUAACAAUGUUAUUGAGCA